GGGGUCAAAAGCGUUGUGAAGAACUUCCAGAGUUUCGAAUUCAAGGGAAGUCAAAAUAUUAGAGGGAGCACAAUUCACAUAGAUCCUCAGUAAAUGCAGUAGACGAAUCCAUGAAUUUUAAAAGAUGCUGCAGAAGAAGGGUCGAGAGGCCAUCAUCAAAUCUGGUGGGUAAGUCCUGGGGAAAUUCCGAGGACAAAUGACAUUUUAUCAAAUAAUAGGCAAAAAGGAGAAGACUCCCAUUUUUAACAAUCGUCGGAAGACAGAAACCGGGGGGGUGCAAAAAGGAGGCUUUUGCUGCAUCGGCCAAGAAGAUCCCACCAGCGGCGGCGGAAGUUUGGAAUGCAGAAGAAGAAGAGAUCUUGAUCUGAUCAGAUCAAAGCGGAGGAGGAGGAGGAGUUGGCGCGAAUUGAAUUGAAUUGAAGAGGAGAUGGGGUGGGGAUGGGCGAUAUGGGAGGGGAUCGUGGCGGUGGGAUCGGUGGUGCUGCUGGGGUGGGCGGGGCUCUGGUUCUUGAACCGGCGGCUGUACAAGGAGUACGAGGAGAAGCGGGUCCUCGUCCAGAUCAUCUUCAGCGUCGUCUUCGCCUUCUCUUGCAACCUCCUCCAGCUCGUCCUCUUCGAGAUCAUCCCUCUCCUCUCCCGCGAGGCUCGAUGGCUCAACUGGAAGGUGGACCUCUUCUGUCUGAUACUGCUCUUGGUCUUCCUGCUGCCUUACUAUCACUGCUACCUCAUGCUCUGCAACAGCGGUGUGAGGAAAGAACGUGCUGCCACCGGAGCCAUUCUGUUCUUGCUGGCAUACCUCUAUGCCUUUUGGCGCAUGGGCAUCCACUUCCCCAUGCCUUCACCAGAUAAAGGUUUCUUUACCAUGCCUCAGUUGGUCAGUAGGAUUGGAGUCAUUGGCGUGACUGUUAUGGCUAUCUUGUCUGGUUUUGGAGCUGUAAAUUUGCCCUACAGUUAUUUGUCCCUCUUCAUCAGAGAGAUCGAGGAAGCAGAGAUUAAAGCGUUAGAGAGACAACUCAUGCAAUCAAUAGAGACUUGUAUCCUCAAGAAAAAGAAAAUUAUUCUUUCCCAGAUGGAAAUGGCUCGAAUGCAAGGAUCAGAAGAGAAGUUGAAGGCUAGAUCUUUAUUCAAACGGAUUGUUGGCACAGUGGUAAGAACGGUGCAAGAGGACCAAACAGAGCAAGAUAUUAAGAACAUGGAAGCAGAGGUACAAGCUUUGGAAGAGCUCUCGAAGCAAUUAUUUUUGGAAAUUUAUGAGCUUCGCCAAGCCAAGGAGGCAGCUGCUUAUUCUCGAACUUGGAGAGGUCAUAUGCAAAAUCUACUUGGUUAUGCUUGUUCAGUCUACUGUGUAUACAAAAUGAUUAAGUCUUUACAAAGCGUGGUGUUUAAGGAGGCUGGUUCAGUAGAUCCUGUGACAAGGACGAUUAGCAUAUUUUUGCAAUUUUUUGAUAUUGGUAUCAAUGUCUCUUUGCUGUCUCAGUACAUUUCUUUGAUGUUCAUUGGAAUGUUGAUUGUUAUAUCAGUUCGUGGAUUCUUAACAAAUUUAAUGAAGUUCUUCUUUGCAGUUUCCAGAGUCGGAAGUGGGUCUUCUAGCAAUGUUGUACUCUUCCUGUCCGAAAUAAUGGGGAUGUAUUUUGUCUCUUCUAUUCUCCUGAUACGGAAAAGUUUGGCCAAUGAUUACAGGUUGAUCAUUACUGAUGUGUUAGGUGGAGAUAUCCAAUUUGAUUUCUAUCAUCGGUGGUUCGAUGCGAUUUUUGUAGCAAGUGCUUUCCUUUCUCUGCUUUUACUUUCUGCACAUUAUACCUCGCGCCAGGCUGACAAACACCCGAUUGAUUAAUUUCUUAUAUUGGGAUGAGGAGCAUGGCUUAUUUGUAUGAGCGGAAGUUGUUCUACAGUCUUCACUCUUCUCCUCCCAUGAAUGCUGGAGUGAGAAUUGGCGGCAUUCUUGAAGUUGGAUAAUAGUGGGAAACACGGUGUUGGAAACUUGCCCUCAUAUGUCUAAUGGGAGCGAAAAAUUUCAUCAUCUUGUAGAUAUCGGAACCAGCGGGCAGGGAACUUUCUUUAUGUCAAAGAAGCAAGAAGAUACGGGAAGCUGUAAGCUGGGGAAGAAUGAUCACGCUCUCUUGUAUAUCAGAUUUGGGCGUUUGUGUUCUGCGCCAACUGAAUAUAGAACUUGACUAUAUUGGAUCGGAAUGUAAAAGUUGGUAACCCUGGGGGAAAAUAUAUUUUGCCUUUUUCAAAUUCAUUAGAACCGAAUUAUUGAAAAGAUACUCUUCUUGUCAGUAAGGAUUUAAACAUA